AUGGCCUUGCAGCGCCCCGCGCUGCUGCGCCACGAACGGGGGGCACCUGCUGCAGUUGCAGCAACCGCGACAACAGCAGCAGCAGGGACUAGUGGCUACCAAUGCAUUCUGUCUAGGCCGGGAGCAGACAUGCCACGCUACGCUCGUGACUUCAGGCCCCAGACAGCCCUUGCCUCCAGCCAGAAGGGGCCCCAUGUUGGAGGCCUCCCUGUUGCAAGUAUCUCUCACGGGGAAACCCUGAGCCCUUCGCUCUGCCCCACGCAGCAGCAGCAGCAGCACACGCAGCAGCAACACUUGCAGCAGAAGCAGCAGCACCCUGCGUUGCAGCAGCUGGGUCUCAGUGCAAUGUUAUCUCGCUUCACAAAUAUCACUCCCUGCAGCGAGGCAGAAUCUGCGGUCCUUAGCCGCCACUGCAGCAGAAUUUACUGUAUUGUGCCGCCACUACCAGCAUCAAAUCGCCCUGAGGGGCCUCAUGCAUGCUUGGCGAGGCCUUCCAUAUCUCAAACAGCGGAAGCACCUACACAGUUGAACCUCCACCAGCAACAACACACUUUCGCAAAACCAGGAGCGGCAGCAGCACCAGAAUCAGCACUAGAUGAGCUAGAAGGAACUUCCGUUUCUUUAUCAGGACAUCAUCAGCAGCGCGCCGGAGUCCCUGACGCACCGCAACAGCAAUGGCAACUCGGAACCAACUGGGCGGCUCCCCUGCAGCAACAGCAGCAUCAGCAGAGGCCGGACCUGCUUCUGCAGGGAGAGACACCAAAUUCCGAGCAACAGGUGCUCGAAUUACAGCAGAAGCUACAGGGAUUGAGAAUGCAGCAGGGCCAGGGGCAGCAGCUGCUAGAUCUAGAGCAGCAGCAACACCGGCAGCUGCAGGGGCUGGGACUACAACUGCAACAGGGGCACAUACAAAGGCCGGUACAGACACAGCAGCAGGAGAAACUACAGGCGCUAAGAAUGCAGAGGAAUCAGGAGGCACAAGUCCAGCAGCAAAGGCGGCAGAAACACCAGCAAUUGCUGCUACAUCCCGGCCAGAUGGGAGUCUGGUCGAAUACGCAAAAGCAGCAACAACAGGCACUGCAGAAGGAGCUGCAGCACGAGCUGCAGCACGAGUUCCAGCAGGAGCUGCAACAGGAGCUACAGCAGGAGCUGCAGGAACUGCAGCAACACGAGCAGCAGGGACGGCAGGCCAUGCGCCAGCAUCAGCAGCGGGACUCGCAGCAGGAGUUAGAUCGAGAGGGAGAAGACCUGCAACAGCAGCAGCAACAGCACCAGCAGCUCGAAAGCGAAGAUGCCACGGAGCAGCAACAGCGGCUAGCUGCAGAGCUGCAGCACGUCGAGCAGCAGCUAGCUGAUAAGGAGGCACUUUUGGCCCUGUUUGAGGGGGCCUCCGAGCAGAAGCAGAGACUGCAGCGAGCGGUGCAAUUGCAGCAGCUGCAGCGGCAGCACCAGCGGCAGCAGCAGCUCCUGCAGCUUAUUGAGCAACAGAAGGAAGUGCUAGCCAAGCAACGGCAAGAAGUGGACACGAAGCAGCGAGAGGUAGAGAAGAGUUUGCUGCUGCUGCAGCAGCAGCAGGAGGCCCUGAAGUCGCAGCAACAACAGCAACAGGCAGCAGCGGAGGCACAGCAGAAACAGCAACGGCGGCUUGAAGAGCAGCAGGCGGCCUUUCAGAAAGCUCAAGACGAAUUCGCUGCGGAAAAGAGGGUGCAGCAGCAACAACAGCAGCAACUGGCUGAGCUGCGAGAGCAGCUCCAGAGGCAGGAGGCAGAGCUCGCAGAGAAGCGAGGGAGGCAUCAGCAGCAGCAGCAGCUCCUGUUGCAACAGCAAGCAGACAUGCAAGCCUCUCUUAGGGCCCAAGGUGUGCAGCUGCUGCACCAGCAUCAAGCGCUGCAGCGACAGCUGCAGCAGCAGCGAGAAUUGCAGCAGCAAAUCCUGGACCAUCAGCGGCAGCAACUCGCAGAGACACAGGACGCCUUGCAGCAGCAACAGGAGCAACAGCAGCAACAACGGAAGCAACAUCAGCAGCAGCCAUUAGGCGGGCCCAGCGUGGGUCGGCGUGUUACGAGGGAGGCGGGGAUAGAACCUAUGCUACAGCACGUACAGCAGCAGCUGUUGCAGCAGCAGCAACAGCAGCAGCAGAUGCAGGAAGAGCUGCUGCAGCACUUGAAACAGCAGCAGACUGCGGAAGACUCUGCCCACGAGACAAGAUGGUGCCGCUGCGACUUCAGAAGCCCGCUAUCCUCGAGGGCCCCCGGCUCCAUGGGAGGUCCCCUCGAUGAGCAAAGAGAUUCGGAAGGAUCUACGCGCCUGCCUUCAUCUGAGAGCAAUCCUAAAUUAGGGGGCCUUUUGGAGUCCGGAAACAGCUCAACGCGGCCCCAAGGGGGCCGCUCAAGGAACUAUCCAAAGGGUUCCCUCAGGGGCCUCUGCAAGGGGCCGCUCAGGGGCCAGCAGGCAAUACCCCCGGAAAACCCCAUCGAGGAGGUCCAGACAACUGGACUAACGAAGGUGGGGGCACAGAACGGCGCCAUACAAGGAAGAAAAGGGGGCGCCCUUGAGGUGGCGCCCUGGAGCUCCCCUGUGGAGGCCCCCUCGGGCCCCCAUGGGCGAGGGUGGGCCUCCACAUGCCCACCCCGUCUGCUGCGUUCAACGGAAUCGCAGAGGCUGCGCGAGGAGUCUUUGCAGAAGCAUCUGAAGGCACUGAAUGAGGCGAAAAGGCCAGGAGGCCACCGGGAGGGGCCCAAGAGGGGGCACCCGGAACACUCCCGCCUCCCCUCAGCUGAAACAGAACACUCUCACCGGUCUACGAGUCGCAGUAAGAGCAGCCCUUGGAGGGGCCCACAAUACGCAUCCAGAGAGGCCUCCUGCAAGGGCACCUCCAGAGCGCCAGUCCAGGAAGAGUCCCGCAGCGGCAUCCAGAAAGGGGCCCCGCUAAACCCUCGCGGGACACGGGUGCAGCAGCAGCAGCUGCAGCAGCUGCUGCAGGAGCAGCGGAGGGAAAUAAGCCUGCUGAUUCUUGAGAAGCAACAGCUCGAAAAAGCUGCCGCAGAGGCAGGGGGUGCCUUGGGGGCCCCUUUGACCCCCCGGGGUCCCGUGAGACCCAUCGCGCUCCCGAAAGAGCCAUAUGUCCAAAGUCCAGCCAACUGCGCAGAGGCAGACGGGGGGCCCCGCGGGUGCGUGUGCGGAGGCGAACAUCCCAGGACUGCUUGGGGGCCCCUAGACGCUGCUUUAGCUGAAGUGCACAACAGUAAUGAAGGACUUCAGCGCUGGACCAAAGUCAAUGAAGGCGUUUACUUCUAUGGGGACACCCAAGUGUCUCUAAGUUUUAUAAAUGGCCGUCUUAUGGCUCAGACCGAUGGAGGGCCCCUCAGCUGGAACAAGGGAGCCCGAGGAGAUAUCCUCAAGUUCAUCCGUGCUGCAGAUGAAAGGCGAGCCCAAACCAACGUCUAA